AUCUCUUUGCCUCUCCUCCGUCUCUCCCAUCCCAGCCGCGAGUUCCAUCGUUCUCUUCCAGCCAGCCGCCGUGAGUUCUGUUCUCACUUUCCCAGCUGCGCGAAGUUCUCCGGAUCUCUUCUCCUCCCCGUCGCCGUCGCCUUCCAGUAGUCGUCCAGUCAUCGUCGCGUCACUUCCUGCGGUGCCCUCCAGUCGCCGUCAUCGACUCAGUUUGGUUAAACCCUGCGAGCUGCAGCAUCUUGAGUCAAGGUUUAAGAAGAAGAAAAUGGAGGAACAAAAGAAACGCAGCAUUCCGGUGCUGCCAUGGAUGCGAGACCCUCUAGACCUUACUCUCUUCCAACAGAUUCCUCUCCAUACCCUCCCUUCUCUCCACCCUAAGUUGAAAUUAUCACUGGAAAACAUGGGGAUUUCCAACCUGUUCCCGGUGCAAGUUGCGGUAUGGCAAGAAACCGUUGGGCCUGGGAAAUUCCACCGAGACCUCUGCGUUAACUCCCCCACUGGCAGUGGCAAGACCUUGGCCUACGCGCUCCCCAUCGUACAGUUGCUCUCCACACGCGUCGUCACGUGCCUACGCGCAUUGGUCGUUGUCUCGCCGGAAUGUGAGUUCGGGAUUUCUUACGAUCCGGAAGAGGUUGCAUUUCGUGUUCGGAGACGGUUGAGGAGUAAGGUAGAUAUAUUGGUGGCAACCCCCGGAAGAUUGAUGGAUCAUAUCAAUACCACCAAAGGCUUCACUCUUGAGCAUCUUCAAUAUCUUGUGGUUGAUGAAACGGAUCGGCUACUCCGUGAGGCCUACCAGUCAUGGCUACCUGCUGUGCUUGAAUCGGUGCAGUUGAAUGAGGAUAACAGUUUUGAACCCAGUGAUUCGUUUUUACCUUGUUCUAUGGGUGUGUUAACAACCAGAAGAAGAUGUGGAGUUGAAAGGGGUUUCAAGGAUAAGCCCUACCCUAGGCUGGCAAAGAUUGUCCUGUCUGCGACAAUAACUCAGGACCCAGGCAGGCUUGUUCAGCUUGAGUUGCAUCACCCUUUGUUCCUGAGAGCUGGGCCAAUGCGUUAUCGACUCCCAGAAAAUCUACAAUCCUUCAAAUUGAUCUGUGAAAGAAAGGUCAAACCCUUGUAUUUGGUUGCCCUUUUAAAAUCACUAGAAGGAGAAAAAUGCAUAAUUUUUACAAAAUCUGUGGAAUCUACACAUCGUCUCUGCAAAUUGCUUAAUUGUUUUGGAGAUCUGCAAAUUGAUAUCAAGGAGUACUCUGGUCUUCAGCAUCAACGUGUAAGAAGUAAGACCCUGAAUAAUUUUCGGAAAGGCGAGUUUCAAGUGCUUGUAUCUUCUGAUGCAAUGACUCGUGGAAUGGAUGUGGAAGGUGUAAGAAAUGUCAUUAACUAUGACAUGCCCAAAUACGUGAAGACCUACGUUCAUCGGGCUGGUAGGACUGCCCGGGCUGGCCAGACUGGGCGCUGCUUCACAUUGAUGUCCAAUGAUGAGGUACGACAAUUUAAGAAGUUGAUGCAAAAGGCUGAGGCUAGUUCUUGCCCCGAGCACAUCAUUCAAUCCAGUUUGAUUGAAGCACUGCACUCUACCUAUGAAUCAGCAUUGAAAAAAUUCAAGGAGAAGAUUUCGAAGGCACGAAAGAAGGCAAAUGAUUAGAAUCUUGUGGAUGGAGCAUAUACAUUGAAAAAUGAUCAUUCAUAGGAAUAGCUUAUCAAAUUCAUAUCACUGACUGAAUCAUCCUGCAAAGGAUUCGAUUCGACUGAGAAAGAAGUCUUUCAAUGAUAACAACAGUCUGAAGCAUAUUAUGAGGGCAUGAACAGAGCUCUUGCGAUCCCUCGGUAGUGGUUGAUUUUGUGCAUUCCUUGAGGUUUUUCUAACGGGAUGCUUCCUUCACGGACGGGGCAAAUGGAUGAGAUCGUGCAUAAGUUCCGUGACAAUGAGAAUUGCAAAUAUUAAUGAAUAGAUUUGUAAUAUUAUUUUUAUUUUAUCUAGUUUAAAGUUGAAACAUUCAUUUCUCUGACGAGGAAAAUAUUUUAAGUUCUUAAGAAAGUGAGUAUUUAUCGUAUA